CCGGGCGGGAGGCGGCUGCCCUGCAUCUGUGGCCGUGGGGAGCCGAGGAGCAGGUAACGAAGGCGCUUCCCGAGGCGGGACUGGACCAAGCCAGAGGGACCCAGUCCUCCAGGUCUCUGUCCAACGCCCUGGAGGGGAGAGAAGCGGGGGCUCAACCCCCAGACCUCCAGAAAUGACGUCAGAAUCAUUUGCAUCCCACUGCCUCUACCUGCCCGGUCGGUCCAGAUGGGACCCUGCCUCGCCGACCCCUUGGCCAGAGGGUUGGGUGAGUGUGCAUACACGGGGAGGGGGCUGGACUCUGGUAUGCUUGGAUGGGGGGCACCCCAGGCUCUUCAGCCUCCUGGGCUCAGCCUGGGCUCCUCCCCAUCCAACCUCCACUCCAGUCCUCAUUCAACUUCCUCUUCCUGCGAAAGAGGGGCGCUGCCCGGUGACCUCCACAGACAGACAGGAUCGCCAUGCAUGGAAACCUUUGGAGAAGCUCGGGAGCUGAGGCCCAAGGGGCCCAUCGGCAGCCCAAGGGGAGACUUCAGGAGGGGGCUGAGUCACAGCCUCCCGACAGCCCCUCAAUGCCCAGGCUUGGGAGGAACGCUGGGGGCGUCCUCUCCUUUCACAGGGGAGGGCUGUCAGUCUGUGGGGUGUGCACUGAGACACCCCAGCCCCUGCCAGCUAACCCCACAUCGGCACCACCACCACCCCAGCAGCAGCACCACCACCACCACACACACAAAAAAAUUGGAUACAUUUUGAAUAAAGCGAUUCGGUUCCUUAUCCGGGGACUGGGUUGCUCCGUGUGAUUGGCCGGCGGAGUCACAUGGUGAAAGUAACUUUACAGGGUCGCUAGCUAGUAGGAGGGCUUUAUGGAGCAGAAAAACGACAAAGCGAGAAAAAUUAUUUUCCACUCCAGAAAUUAAUGAUCAUGAGCUCGUAUUUGAUGGACUCUAACUACAUCGAUCCGAAAUUUCCUCCAUGCGAAGAAUAUUCGCAAAAUAGCUACAUCCCUGAACACAGUCCGGAAUAUUACGGCCGGACCAGGGAAUCGGGAUUCCAGCAUCACCACCAGGAGCUGUACCCACCACCGCCUCCGCGCCCUAGCUACCCCGAGCGCCAGUAUAGCUGCACCAGCCUCCAGGGGCCGGGCAAUUCGAGAGGCCACGGGCCGGCCCAGGCGGGCCACCACCACCCCGAGAAAUCACAGCCGCUCUGCGAGCCGGCGCCUCUCUCAGGCGCCUCCGCCUCCCCGUCCCCAGCCCCGCCAGCCUGCAGCCAGCCAGCCCCUGACCAUCCCUCCAGCAACGCCAGCAAGCAACCCAUAGUCUACCCAUGGAUGAAAAAAAUCCACGUUAGCACGGUGAACCCCAAUUAUAACGGAGGGGAACCCAAGCGCUCGAGGACAGCCUACACCCGGCAGCAAGUCCUGGAAUUAGAGAAAGAGUUUCAUUACAAUCGCUACCUGACCCGAAGGAGAAGGAUCGAGAUCGCCCACUCGCUGUGCCUCUCUGAGAGGCAGAUCAAAAUCUGGUUCCAAAACCGUCGCAUGAAAUGGAAGAAGGACCACCGACUCCCCAACACCAAAGUCAGGUCAGCGCCCCCGGCCGGCGCUGCGCCCAGCACCCUCUCGGCAGCCACCCCGGCAAUCCUCCGGGACAAUCUCCAGCCCGUGCUGCCCCUGGAACUCCCCUUCAACUGA